AGACCAUUUGGGAUGCUUAUAGAAUAACAAACUUCAUUUUGUUAGUUUUUUGGCAAAACAAAGUUGAGGUUUGUUUUUUGGUACUUUUAAUUUGUGAUUUGAAUUAUCAAAUAUGUCAGAAAGUAAACCUUCAAAGAACGAGCUACUGGCUGUAUUUAAUAAAUUGAGAUCAAUUCCUGCUAAUAAGCAAUGUUUCGACUGUGGAGCUAUAAAUCCGUCCUGGGCAAGUGUUAGUUUUGGAAUAUUCAUAUGUAUAGAUUGUUCAGCAAACCAUCGAUCUCUUGGAGUACAUGUUUCCAUUGUCCGAUCAACACAAUUGGAUACAAAUUGGACUUGGCUUCAAUUGAGAUCCAUGCAAUGUGGCGGUAAUGCUAAUGCCUUAUCAUUCUUCCAACAAUAUAAUUGUACUACCAAAGAUAUCAAAGAAAAAUAUUCAAGUCGAGUUGCUCAGCUUUAUAAAGAUAAAUUGGCUACAUUAGCUAAUCAAGCAAUGAGACAAUAUGGAACAGAAUUAUUCAUAAACGUUUCUUCUAGUGGAGGAGGAGCUGAAUCAAUAAGAUUUGAUAAAUUAAAAGUUAAUUGCGAUGAAAACGAAGAUGCUAAGUCAUACUAUAAACAUGUCAUCAACAACCGGCAACCCAUUUCAACAAUAAGAAGAGUAGAAGUUGCAAGAGAUUUAGGGAAUCAACGAGUCAACGGUGAUUUUACCAAAAUUGAUUCAACAACGCCCGUGUCAGCUUCCUACACAACUACAGUCUUACAGCAACGUACUCAACACUCUUAUAGGCAUUCACAAGCUCCUAAUUAUGUGACAGCGCCCACACAGCCUUCCCGUCCUCCACCGAUACCAUCCGCACCCAAGCCCAAUUUAAACUCUUAUAAUGUGACGCCUCCACGACCAAAACGGCCUACAGAGGCUGAGAAAAAGAUUGAAGCUUUAAUGAAACAAAUUGAGGAUGAGUUUGAGAAAUCACUUCAAUGUGAAUUUUUUGGUCUGUGCCAUACAUGUGGUGAUAAAGUUCAAGGUGCGGAUCAAGCUUGUCAAGCUAUGGGAAACUUAUAUCAUACAUCCUGUUUUGUUUGUUGUUGUUGUGGUCGUGUCUUGAGGGGUAAGGCUUUCUACAAUGUACAUGGGAAAGUUUAUUGUGAAGAAGAUUAUCUAUAUUCAGGAUUUCAGCAAACAGCAGAGAAAUGUGCUGUUUGUGGUCAUCUUAUUAUUGAAAUGAUACUUCAAGCUAUGGGUAAAUCAUAUCAUCCUGGAUGCUUUAGAUGUUGUACCUGUAAUGAGUGCCUUGAUGGUGUUCCAUUCACCAUUGACAUGAAUAAUAAAAUUUAUUGUGUUGCAGACUAUCAUCGAGCUUAUGCACCAAAAUGUGCUUCCUGUGGUGGUGAUAUAACUCCUCUUGAAGGAUCAGAUGAAACAGUGCGAGUAGUCUCAAUGGAUAAAGAUUAUCAUGUUGAUUGUUAUACCUGUGAAGAUUGUGGUAUGCAAUUAACUGAUGAACCAUCUCAGAGAUGUUAUCCAUUAAAUAGUCACCUUCUCUGUAGAGAUUGUCAUCUUAAAAGACUCGGAACUUUGUAGUAAUUUUGUUGUAUAUCCGCCUUAUCAUAUAUAAAUAGCCCACCGUCAACAACAACAACAAUUUUACCAUUUAAAUACAUACGUUUGUAUGUAAUACACACAAACACACAAACACACACACAUAAAAUAAAGAAUCUCUAAGAUCUCACCAUUCCACGAAAUGAACACCUGCACAGAACUGAAACAAACAAAAAAGACAACGUAACAUCUCAGAGCACACAAACAAGACACACAUUAUCUGCAGAGCUUAAGCAUUUUAUCAAAUCAUCAGCACACUAUUCCCUUUUUUUUGUUUGGAGUAGUUAACAAUCAUUGAGUUCAUUCUUAGACUGGCUUUGAUUGCAUUUAACGCACAUUUAAAGUAAAAUAAAUAUUAAAAUACCAAAAUAUCAAAAUUGUU